CUCCCCCCAUCCUCCCAUCUGCCCGUCUCGUCUGCCUCGCCAUGCAAGCCAUCAAAUGCGUUGUCGUCGGUGAUGGUGCCGUCGGAAAGACCUGCCUCCUCAUCUCUUACACCACCAAUGCCUUCCCCGGCGAAUACAUCCCCACUGUCUUCGACAACUACUCUGCCAACGUCAUGGUUGACGGCAGACCCAUCAACCUGGGUCUCUGGGAUACCGCCGGUCAGGAGGAUUACGAUCGCCUCCGCCCUCUGUCCUACCCCCAGACCGAUGUUUUCCUGAUCUGCUUCUCGCUGGUCAGCCCGCCGUCCUUUGAGAACGUUCGAACAAAGUGGUACCCUGAGAUCAGCCAUCACGCCCCCAACACCCCCAUCAUCUUGGUGGGCACCAAGCUCGAUCUGCGCGAGGACCGCGACACCAUCGAGAAGCUCCGCGACAAGCGAAUGGCCCCCAUCUCGUACCCGCAGGGCCUGCAGGUCGCCAAGGAGGUCAACGCCGUCAAGUACCUCGAGUGCUCUGCGCUGACUCAGAAGGGUCUCAAGAACGUCUUUGACGAGGCCAUCCGCGCUGCGCUCUUCCCCCCUCAAGUUGCUAGCUCCUCAAAACGGGGAAAGGCCUGCCAGCUCCUCUAAGCGCCCGCCUUCUAUCCUCACAUCAUCCGACCGUUGCCUCCAUGUUCGUCCUUUGUAGUUUUUUCCCCUCUCCGAUCUCCUUGUUGCUUUGCUCCUCUUAACCGGUAAUGAGAUUGUACUUCUGUCAUAUGUUAUCUCUCUGGCCUUUUUUGUACUUCACUAGAUCGCUCGGCGAUUGCCCCCAUCUAUUGUCCCUUCCCUCCUCUCCUCCUCCUCCUCCUCCUCCUCCUCCCCUUUCGGUGUCCGUUCCUGCCUUUUGACAGCUAGCAUAUACAUCACGACCACUAGACUCUCGGACUCUUUUCGAAAGAACGGAACUGGAUGAAAGAAAGGCAUUCGAAACAAAAGAAAAAAAAAAUCCUCCAAACUUUUCCCUUUCACAGGCACAGUCUUGUUUGCCCUCCCUUCUUCCCCCUCAUAUCUUCAUGUCUGGAGAGCUGCUGAGCAACAAAGAAGAAUACGGAACUGA